AUGCUAUCAGUACAUUCAAAACAAUCCGAAUUAUAUGAUGUUACACCAUUUCGUAAGAAACUUAUUUUAAAAACAUUAAAUAAUCCUAUUUUCAUAGAAAAAACAUAUAUUCUUUAUAACCCAAAAGAUUUUUUAUCAACAAUAUCAGCAUUUCUUGCACUACUUCCAGUCGAAGUUGUUGUAAUUUACCUAACACUUAUUUAUUGCCGAAGAGAAGUUGAAGUAAUAUUCAUCUAUAUUGGACAAAUAAUUUGUCAUUUUUUGAACAUUCAUCUUAAAGAAGCUAUUCAACAACCACGGCCAAAUCCAUUAAUAAAAGGUUAUGGCAUGCCAAGUAAUCACGCGCAAUUUACAUCAUAUUUUACGGGAUAUUUGAUAUUAUGGCUAUUUUUCAGGCAAAGAUUUAGCACGAUAUUUACCAAAAAUAUAUUACGUGCGAAACAUAAUUGUUCUUGUUUUCCUUUUAAUAUCUGUUUAGUAUAUCUUAAAUAUCAUACAAUAUCGCAAGUAAUAGUUGGUGCUUUAGUCGGAACAGCAUUUUCUGCUAUAUGGUUUUUCCUUGUUUCGAUUAUACGCCGUUCAGGAAUAGUAAACUGGCUACUUUAUUCAAAGAUAAAUACAUAUUUUUAUAUCAAGGAUACGAUGAACGAGGAACACCAAUUAUUGCAAAAGGAAUGGCAGGAUUGGAAGCAGAAACAAGCAAUACAACAGAAAAAAAUAGUAUCCAUACAGUCAUAA